GUCCUGUCUUUUUGGUAUAUUUACAGUCCCGGUAACUUCUCGGUCUUGGUACAAAAGUACAUAUCUCGUGCGGUUUUCCUUCUAGACCUUUUCAUCUUUCAUCUAUUCAUCGUUCUUGUUCGUCUUGUCUUGUUCGUUUUUGUCUUUAGUCUUCUUUGACGCUUUGUUUUGUCUCUGGUCUUCUGGGAAAGCCUUUUUAGUCUGUUUUAGGUGUUAAAACGCUCGCUCGCUCUCUCUUCCAUCCCAGCGUCCUAUAAUCCAUCUUACCCACCUCUUCUAACACCUCUACUCGUUGGGCAUUCGUUACUCUCACAACACCACAAUGUCAACAAUCCAAGCCCUCCUAAACCCCCUCCCAGACCAACAAUUCCCCUUCACCCUCCCCAGCCCCCGAAAUCCCAGACCCGACGCAGCGCCCGCCCGCAAAAAGCAAAAGUCCAAAGGCCUCCCCCGCAAAAAAGGCCCUAUCCGCGGCGAACUGCGGUAUCCGCCGUACGAAGAGCGCGAUGACGGGUUGGCAAGUAUCCAUCGCGAGUUUCGGAUGAAUCCUAUGGGUAGCGGUGAUAUUAGGGAGAGGCCGUGGCAUGUGCCAUAUAAUAGUGAUAAGAAGACGUUUCAGGGUUUGACGGGGAGGGAUUCGCUUGAGGUGUUUUAUUAUCAGUUCAAGUUGCCGGGACAGGCUGAGAGUGAGGAGCCGUGGUGGGUGAUGUGGGAUUACAAUAUUGGGCUUGUUAGGAUGACGCAUCUAUUCAAGAGCAACGGUCAUUCAAAGACAACAAUAGGCAAAGCCAUGAAAGCCAACCCAGGCCUCCCCGAAAUAUCCCACAGCAUCACCGGCGGCGCAACCGAAGCGCAAGGCUACUGGGUCCCCUUCGACGCCGCCAAAGCCCUAGCCGCAACAUUCUGCUAUAAAAUCCGGCACGUCCUCGUCCCACUCUUCGGUCCUGAUUUUCCCAGACUUUGCAUCCACCCGCACGACCGCACACGUUUCAACCGCAUGAUUAUCGAUCGGGCUGUUAUUCAACGGGCGACGCAGACGGCGAAUUAUUAUCGUGGUUUGGGGCUGCGGUCUUCGCCGUUCAGCACCAGCACUAGCACAAACUCCAACACCACUCCCAGUCCUAGCCGACCUACGUCUUCGUCCGGUGGUAGUUUUCUCGCGAGGAAGAAGGCUAUUCCACGGUCUAGGAAACAUGCGAAUAGUCUGAGUUCAAACGCGAGCAUUACCUCUGGGACGGCGAGUAGUGAGUACGGCUCUGGUAUCGAUGGGUACUCCGAUACAUACUGCGUAUCGCCGGUGAGCGUGGGCUCGUAUCGGGGUGGGAAUACGUUUACGCCGGUGAAUACGCCGCGGAGUGUGGAUGUUUACACUAGCACUUCUUCUGAUGCUGCCUCUGCCCCUGGCACUAUUACUGGUAGCAUCCCAACUCCACAGCAAGUCCUCGCCUCCAUCUCCGCCAAGGUCAACAUAAACACAAACACCGACGAAACCUCCAACUCCACCGGUACAAGCCCCAGUCCCAGCCCCGGCAUAUCUACCGACGAAGAAACCUCCUCGCCAUCAACAGCAUACUCCGAAACCAGCAGCUCCUGGAGUGACUAUUCGUUCGUCGAUAUCGAUAAAGAUGAUCACGAGUACAUCGACAGUCCGACUAGUGAACCCAUGCCCAGCCGGAAACGAAAGGCUGAUGGUAACGUGCUACUUGUGAAGGAGGUUAAAGCUGCGCAUGCGUUGCUUAGUUUGCAUAUGCAGGAUGCGAGUGGGAGUGAGUGCGAUGAGGCUGAUGAGGAUGUGUCGCCGCCGGUAUCGUCAUUGGUGGGUGUUUAUCAGCAGCAGCAGCAGCAGCAGCAGCAGGCAUACACUCAGGGACUGAGUCGGAAAAGAAGACGGGCGUCUACUUAGAUCGUCGGCAUUUGCUUGGCUUGGUGUUGUUGGGCGGGUGAUGUUGAUUAGGAUAAUGUGUUAUGGUAAUGUUUAUGUUGUUAUGAUUGAUUACAUGGGUAUAGAGGCGUUGUUGGCUUUGUUUUGAAUGAUUUCGGUAUUAUUAGUUAGUCUAGUCUAAUUACAUUGGGUUUAU